ACAAACAGACAAAACCCCACACGACGUUAUUCAUUACACCAGCUACGCUCUAUCCACAGCUCCCACUCUGCAUUCUACAGGAAAAAGCUCCCAUUCUGCAUUUUAUUUCACUUGGCUUAACUUUGUACCAAUGACCGAAACAAGAGCUGAGAGCACUCAGAUGCUCAAGGAAUAACACAGAUGUCUAUGCUGCAAGCUGCAGCCUGAAGACAGCAGUGAUUUGGUCUCAGGAAACCAUCGCUCUUGUAUAUGUAAGUAACACUAGAAUCAUAGAACAGUUUGUGUUGCAAGAGACCCUUAACGGCCACCAGUCCCACUGCAUGCAAUGCACAGGGACAACCACAGCCCCAUCGGUGCAACCCUUACAUCCCGACUGCCUUCGGGCUUGCUUGCUUGUGCAAGAUCUGACAUUGCUUCCACACACGCCAACAGUUCCCUCCCACAGAGCACUCUGGUACAGCUCACUCCCUCAGGAAAAGGAGGAGGAGGAGGGCUGCAAGCUCUGCUCCUCCCCAACCCAACCCCAGCAGGCGGGAGCUGCCGACCUGCUUCCUGCUGCCAGCACCCAGCCCACGGCCUUCCCUGCGCCAUGGCGGAGCUGCCGCCAGCCCACGGCCCUGCCAGCAGAGCAGCAGCCCUGGCCACGGCCUGCAUCAGCCACCGCCACGGGAGCCCUGGGCACGGCUGGGUGCUGCGGGACGUGCGCCGUGCCCACAGGGAGGAUAUUGAUGGCAUCGGGCACAAAUACCACCUGGAAUUCGUGUUAGAAGACAUAUUUGAGAAAGACAGUACUGUUAACUGCACUGCUGAGGUUCUUUAUCAUCUGGGCAACAAAAAGAAUGCUCCAGAUGUGCAAUUUACAAUUGAAGGAGAACUUAAGAACACAGACGAAGCAGAUAACGCAUUCUACGAUCGAAUCAAGAGCCUGAAAAAAGAGCUCGAGGCAGAGAACAUACCAGACAGCUAUGGCCACGUGUCCCCAGAAAUGCAGCCCAUCAGAGCGCUUGCCUGGGCUGCCUCUGGCUAUGUGAUAUGGCAGAACUCAACUGAGAAUACUAAGUACCAACUUGCCCAGAUUAAACAUGUGAAGCAAGUGAAAAGAACUGAUGAAUACCUGGAAUUUGACUACAUGAUUCUACUUCAUGAAAGUGUGUCCCAGGAGAUUAUUCCAUGGCAAAUGACAGUUCUCUGGCACCCGCAGCAUGGCAUUGAAAUAACACAGAACAGCCGUCAGCCAAAACACACACUGCACUAAUGGAGCAUCCAAUAUUGCAAUGCAAGAAGCACAGAUGCUGCCAUAACCAUUUCAGGAGGGGCACAAGUUGAUUUGGUGAAUACAAUCGAUGUAGGAAGAGUCAUUACUCAAAGAAACUUUGUUUCCAGUAUGCAGUGCUUCAAUCUGAUAACCAGGCACUCCCUCUACCAUGUAAUCAAAUUCUGCAUCAAAACAGAUCAGAAAAAACUGCUGCUAGAAGGAAUACUU